AACGUGCGCCGGAAGUUCACGUCAUGCUUUUGACACGGCGGUAAAUACAAAGUUAAGGGCGGCGAAAAAGAGCGAACUGAUGUUGUUUUUCUGCUCUCUCGUUUUUUGGUUUGUUUGAAGUGUUGCUUUCCAGACCUCUAAAGGUAAAACAAAAAAGGAUUUAUCUUCGUCACACUUUUACCCGAGUCGACGGAGUGAUCGUCAGAUUCUCAGUUUCACCCGCCCUCCCAUUUUCCCCCUAUAAGUUCAACAUGAUUUCCACUGGAGAUGUGCACAGCGGUCUUCGUAAACUGGAAAGCCUUUUACGAGUGAUCAGAUACCCAGAGGAUCUCGACUAUAACAAGCUUUCCAAAGGAGAUCCCUCAGCGUUUUUGCCCAUAGUGAGCUUCACCCUCACCACCUUCUCUCCACCUUUUGCUGAGCAGCUCCUGACAGCUGGAUUUGAACUGAUUGGAAAAACAGACCUCCGUUUCACAGAUACUCUUUAUAAGUUGCUCCGGGAUAUUUUCUACUACAAGCCCGUACUGACCAAACAGCAGUUCUUCCAGCUGGGCUUUUCUCAAAGGAAAAUCUCUUUCAUUUGUGACAUCAUUACCUUGGUGCUGCAAAAACACAACCAGCUAAAAAAGCCCAAAGUCAGACGUCCUGUCUCACACAGUAAUGUCAGAGAGGAAAGUCAUACAGCAAACCCUGAUGCUCGCAGUAUUUCCACUGAGCCGUUUAUUGUAAAUCUUCCUGAAACUCAGUCCUCUCCUACUACUAUGGUCUCCAGUGCUGAAGAGUUUCCAUCCCGUACUCCUCACUCUGACGAGGAUUCCUUCAUUCCCUCCAGAAAUGAGAUGACAAAAGUCCGAAGAGCAGAGGAGCCCAAUGAAAACACCGUUUGUUUGUCAGAGAUGGAUAGAAGACUGUCAACAUUGGAGGAUCAGCUGAAUCAGGUUUUGUCCGGACUCAACAAGCUGGAUAUUCUGGAAAAACGUCUGGAUGAAAUUAAAAACUGGAAAAGUACAGAUAAGAAUGACAAAGAAGUGAUCACGAUAUCCAGAGAGAGCUGGGAAAACCUGAUGGGCAGAGUUCUUCUGCUGGAAACCAAACUAGAGCUGAAAGAUCCCAAAUCUUUACAGUUUUGUGAGGAUGACCUGAAGGGCAUGCUGGGUAGGAUAACCAACAUGCUGAAGAGCACCUCUGGUCUAUUGAGAAAGGAGGAGUCUUCUGCACCAGCACUUUCUUAAUAUAUAUUUAUUUUCAGCUGUUAUGUAAUUAUGGUUGAAUGUGACUUUCUUGUAUUUUUUUAUUUAAUAGCAAUAAAAUUGUAAAAUCAUUGCCUUAA